UUGGAGAGUUUUAUAAAAAUGGAGCAACUGUAAAAGAAAGGGAUUUGUCGAUUCGCAACAUGUCUGACUUUUUCAUAGAAGAAAUUCCUAACAUGCAAAACAGCCACAGAAAUAUUUCUUACAAAAUCUUGACACCCCCUAGAAAAAUAAAUGAAUUAUACCUUAUAAAACGAUUGCAGAAAUACAGAGAAUCAUGCAAGGGAAGAGAAUUCAAUUUUGGAAAUGAACCACUGUAUACCAUGAAGUCCCAUUUUAAAAUGAGUACGUCUCAUCACAUCUUAUACUGCAGUGUUGAAAAAGCUGGCUCAACUUUCUGGAAGAGGGUGCUUCAGAUGUUGGAUUCAACAAACAUAGAUAGUCCAUUUCAAAUCCUGCCAUUGCAUGUCAACGAUAGAGGACAGUCUUUCUAUGAACACAGAGUUUACAAUGUGUUGGCUGCAUUAAGAACAAAUUUCGUAUUCAUGUUUGCAAGAAAUCCUUUCAACAGACUCCUAUCGGGGUAUUUAGACAAAGUAUAUACAGCAAACCCUUUUUACUGGAACCUUUUUGGGGAGCAGAUAAGACACCACAAAAGAAAUUCCAUGUCCUGUCAUAGCAACAUCACUUUCCAAGAAAUUGUGGAAUACGUCAUCAAAGCGGAAGGAAAGUUCAUAAAGAAAAGAGAUCCACAUUUCAUGGCAAUGUUUGACAAAUGCAAACCUUGUCAAAUUCCCUAUGAUUUUAUUGGGAAAAUGGAAACAUUCGAGAGUGAUGUUCAGUUUUUGAUGAAAACUUGGAAUAUUUCUAAAUUCAGAGGAAUAGCUAUGAAACAGAAUGUUGUUGAUGAUAUAUUUCUUGAUGUCGCAACCUCUUUAGAAGACCGAAGACAGCUGAUAUUGAAAUGUAUUUCACUGCAUGAAGCCUACCGCAGAUCAUGGAAACAUAUGCAAAUCAAAGGACUCAUCAGCGACAAACAAACGUAUCCAUUCAAUGAAAUAGAGUCUGCAAACAUUACCCCUAUCCGGCUAAUUAAAGUUAUGAAAUUAGCUCACUUAAACUCUGACCCCAAAGAGCUUAUGAGACAGAAAGCAAAAUAUUUUAACAAUAUCUAUAGAACAGUACCUCAGAAAACUCUAAGGAUGCUUACUGAAGCUCUAAGACCUGAUUUUCAUAUUUUUGAUUAUAAUCCUUUUCCCAAGGCUAUAUUUAACGAAAGAAAACGUCAGCUUAAUCAUUCAGAUAUAUUUAAUUUUUGAACACAAAGAAUGCG